GCAGUUCUACAGCUUUAACCGCCCCCCCGAGACCUUGACCCAGAUGACCCCACGAGGUUAUCUAGACGUACGUCUCGGCCUUUCUGGCUUUUGUUGUUUAGAAGGAAACGUCGUACUUAACCGCAAGUCUUGGACUAUUCCACUCCCUGUCGCUGUUAAUUUGGCGUCGGACGUGAUGUACUUGGGCUGAGCAGCUCAUGGCAAUGUGGUGCAUCUCUCUACUGCGAACGUCCAUCCACCUGCAGCAUUUGCCUCUUCUAUCUUGGUUCAUUGCAUGAAGCAAUCUCUUGUUACGCAGUAAACCUACAUCUCCCUCUUUCUCAGAUUUGCGCCAAUCCAUCAAUUGACCAAGCAGACAUGUCUGCGGCCUUGCCAGUCAUUGAUUUGCAGUCCUUCGGAAAGGUGGAAGACUUGGGGGCCGAGCUGAUGCGCGUCGGCAAGGAUCCCGGCUUCUUUUACGUCGUCGGACACGAAUUGGGCGACCACGUCGCUGCGGGCGUGUUUGACCUCGCCCAAGCCUUCUUCAACGCACCCCUGGAGGAUAAGUUGGCAUUCGCAAAUGGGAGUGGCGAUCUGGGCUACACCGGCUUAAGAGAAGAAAAGUUGUCGGGAGCCGGGCCCGGAGACGUCAAAGAAUCAUUCUAUCUUUCAGACCCCGGGAGGACCGCGCAGCCUCUCCCAGCGGGCCUGGAAAGAGGCCGUGAGACGAUGGCGGCCUUCUUCUCUGGCUGUGACAGGUUAUCAAAGACGUUACUGGAAGGACUCGCCGUUGGCCUGGGCAUGCCAAAAGACUUUUUGUCUACAGCCCACACAGGCGAGAGUUGCCGAAUGCGUCUCAUCAACUACCCCCCGGUAUCCCAGCUCUCUUCCCGCCACAGCCUGACAUCCGAAGGUCCGGAAGACAUCCGCGCAGGCGCACACUCCGACUACGGCUCCCUAACGCUGCUUUUCCGCCAGCCAUCUGAUCAAGGUGGAUUGCAAGUCUUACGGGACGGGGCAUGGGUCGAUGUAGCAUGCCUGCCGGAUGCCAUUGUUGUGAAUAUUGGGGAUGCCCUCGAGUUUUGGACAGCGGGGAGAUUACGGUCUACGGUGCAUCGGGUGGCUUUUCCGAGGACCGCAAGGGAGAACGUCGGGAGGUUGAGCAUACCUGUGUUCAUCCAGCCUGACCGACAUGUCAUAUUGGCACCGAUCAAGAGCGCAGAUGAGCCACUAACGACAGGGCAAGAACUCGACGCAGAGUUCAUGGAGGUUUUGCGGCGAAAGGGGUACGAGAACGCCAAGCCCGUCACGAGUUCAGAACACCUGAACAGAAGAAUACGAGCCACGUAUACCAAGGUCUGAUGAAUUUCGGGUGUAUUCACGAGGUCAUUGGCGACUGAAGCGGCAUAGAAGCGAUCAUAUUUACUAUUAGAUGGGCAUUCGGGAGUGUCACGAGGUGAUAUAAGGCGUUAGUUGUGCUGCCCGCAAUUAACGGCGUCGUCUUUUGCGUGACAGGGAGCAAACCACCAAUGUUGGCACUGUUGUAGUUUCAUUUGCUUUACUAUGUGGGAAAACACCCAACAGUGUAGCUGAAGAAUCACUGUGCGUCUGAAAUUACAGCCUAUAUCAUUGAGGAAGAACCAGCAAAUUUGAC